AUGUCCCCUUUUAGGACUCGUUAUCGGAUUUUUGACGAGUACUUGAUCACCCGGAGACCCCAGGCGUUUUUGCAAUUCAUCAAGCUUCUCCCUGACGAGUUCGAGGACCUCUAUGAAAGUCUUGGUGGUCGCUUGGAGCAUUUCCGUGAGGAGGUACUCUACGACUCAUGGCUACUUCGCAGUUUACGUAGUAUAUUCGCAUAUGUCACACAAGGAAAGUCUUUUUCCGCGUUUGCUUUAGACAUUGGAAUGGGGGUCUCGACAGCUGCAGCUAUAGUAAAGGAGGUUACCGAGGCAAUUCUAAUUGUGCUACAUAGACGAGCUUUGCCCCGCCUGACACGUGGUAAACUGAGGCAGGUUGCAGAGAUGACGCAGGAAAGGUUUGAUUACCCAAGAGCUGUAGGAUUUCUUGAUGGAAAACAUAUCCUUAUAAAGAAGCCUAAGCGCUCGGACAGCGCGUACUAUAACUACCAACACUACCACUCCAUCAUCCUAUUGGCUCUAUGCGACUGCGAAAACCGCAUCAUGGCCUAUGAUGUGGGAUCUCCAGGCCGCCUCAGCGAUGCUGGAGUAUUUCGCUCCUCGGAACUCAAGAGGUUUCUGGAUACUCACGACGGUAUAUUUCCACCAACAGAGGACCUCGGUACCGUCGGUCCCGUCCAGUACCAUAUCUUAGUAAACGGUGGUUUUGGGCAAGGACUCAGGUUUAUUAGGCCCUAUACAGAGAGGGAAGCUACCACAAGGGAUAAAAGGCUAUUCAAUCGGAAACUGAGCGGGUAA